UUUGCUUUGAAGCCUUAUGUUAAUGGGAGACGCAUUCCUCUUAAGUAACAGGUGGCAGGCUGUGAGAUCACUGGAAUGCUGUUGAUUUAUUUUUAGCCUUGCAAAACAGCAAAUAAGUAUUGUGAAGAGGACAUAUGCUUCUUGAGCAGACCCUAUAGCAUGAGCCCUUGUAUUCCUCAGCACUCCUAAAACUUAUUACUGUAUCGACUUUAGAUUUUAUGUCUUUUUUUCUGGUUGUCUGGAUUGAUUCAGCACCUGUCUGUGUCAGUUAGGAGAAAAGUUAUACAGGCGAGCACGACAGUAACAGUAAUCGGCAGUCAUACAACAGCAUAAGAUGAAGAGCAUUCCUUAUAUCUUUAUGGUGUCGGUUUUCUUCAUUCCUCAAGAAUGUUGGGGCAGGAAUGAAGAAGAACGUCUCAUCAAUCACCUUUUCAAGGAGCGUCGCUACAACAAAGAGCUUCGACCAGUACAACAUAAAGAUGAAACAGUAGAUAUUUACCUGGCGUUGACUCUUUCCAAUCUCAUUUCCUUGAAAGAAGUUGAUGAAACAUUACUCACAAAUGUGUGGAUGGACCACGGCUGGGUCGAUUAUAGACUAGCAUGGGAUCCAGCAGAAUUUGAUAACAUUGCAGUCCUGCGACUCCCUCCCAGCAUGGUGUGGUUGCCAGAGAUUGUCCUUGAAAACAACAAUGACGCCCAGUUCCAGGUUGCCUAUUACUGCAAUGUCUUGAUCUACCCACAUGGAUUUGUGUUCUGGUUGCCUCCAGCUAUAUUCCGGAGCUCCUGUUCAAUAAACGUCAACUUCUUCCCUUUUGAUUGGCAGAACUGCUCACUUAAGUUCAGCUCAUUAACAUACAAUGCCAAAGAGAUAAGCUUACAUCUAAAAGAGGAAAACGACACUGGAAAGAUUUACAAGGUAGAAUGGAUCAUCAUUGAUCCAGAGGGAUUCACAGAAAAUGGUGAAUGGGAGAUCGUUCACAAGCCUGCCAAGAGAAACACUUAUAAAAACAUUCCAAUGGAGAGCAACAAGCACCAGGAUAUCACCUUUUACCUCGUUAUCAGACGCAAACCACUUUUCUACAUCGUCAACAUAAUCAUCCCCUGCAUUCUCAUCUCUUUCUUGGCCUCACUUGUCUACUACCUGCCUGCAGACAGUGGUGAGAAGAUGACGCUCUCUAUCUCCGUGCUGUUGGCUCAGUCUGUGUUUCUACUGCUGAUUUCACAGCGUCUGCCUGAGACCUCAAUGGCUGUUCCCUUAAUAGUCAAGUAUCUGAUGUUUAUUAUGGUACUGGUCACCAUAGUUGUCCUGAACUGUGUCAUUGUGUUAAACCUUCACUUCCGGACCCCAAGCACACAUGUCAUGACCGAAUGGACCAAAGAGUUCUUUUUGGAGCGCCUGCCACGCCUUCUUUUCAUGGCCCGUCCUGCUGAUGACAAGCCCGGUCCGGAGGGAGCGUUGCCGCGGCGAUCCAGCUCUCUGGGUUACAUCGCUCAGGCCGAAGAGUACUACAGUGUAAAAUCCCGCAGCGAGCUGAUGUUUGAGAAGCAGUCGGAGAGACACGGCCUCACUGCUCGGCCCACCCCAAAAGCCACGUACACAUCCGAUAAUGAGUCUGAGGUAUCGGAUCAGCUGUACAAUGAGAUGAAGCCAGCUGUGGAUGGAGCCAAUUACAUCGUUAAACAUAUGCACGACAAGAAUGACUAUAAUGAGGAAAAGGAUAAUUGGAGCGGGAUCGCCAGGACUGUGGAUCGACUGUGCUUCUUUGUGAUCACUCCAGUCAUGACCAUAGGAACCAUCUGCAUCUUCCUGAUGGGAAUCUACAACCAGCCACCAUCUCUGCCCUUCAUGGGAGACACGUUCACCUACACAGAAGAAAACAAGCGUUACAUAUGACUUCUCUAUUGUAUAGCCUAGCAAUGUAGCUUAUGAAUAAUAUCCUCAGCAUUGAGAUAAUUAUAAGGAAGAGCAUAGCAUGAACCUUCUUUUGCAUAAACGUACUUGCUUUUAGGCAAUUUAUGCAGGUUUGACUACUAACAUUAUGAAUGUUGUUUAAUAAGUGUGUUAAAUAAUUUUUUUCUUUCCUGAGAAAGGGAAUAAAAUAAUAUUGCUUGCAUUUUUCUACUGGGUGUAUCUGUUAUCAGAUAAAUAAUCUAAAAGCCAUUUUGCUGCUGUGACACAGGGGCGAGAUAGCACCAGAGAGAAUUAAAUUCAUCCAGGAGACCUUUUACAUAGAGGAGGGUAGAAUUGGCUAUUUUAAAUAAUAAAUGGAGUUAUAAAUGGCACAGCUCACCAACUUGAAAGUGCUUGUCUAUUACACAGUUUUAUUAUGAAUAAAUUAUAAGCAAUGUGCUGCGUUGUUUCACAGCUAGAGUGUAGUAUUGCACUCCAGAUUUGUCAACCUUUCAUCCGCCUAUUUAGCACAGUUGUGUUUUAAGUGCUAGAGACAUUCAUAGAGAUUCAACAUGAAAGAAAACAAAUAGGUUUGAUUUUCAAGGGUUUAAUGGGCUUCGCUCAACUUCUGGGUCUAAAUCACAUCUGAUUACGUAAGUACAUAAAACUUAUAUAAAAAUGCAUGGGAAAAUAUAGAGAAAAUGUCGUAAUAUUGAAAACGAGUAGAUUUAGUGUAAUGUUCCAUGCAACAUUGGAACGGACACGAAAAACUAUUUAUAGAAAUUUGUGCUGAGUGACACGAAAAGGACAUUCAUGCUUAAGGCACAAAAAAGCUGAAUUUCGUGUCAUGGACACAAAUAAAUAAAUAACAUUUUUCGUGACUAUAACAACACUUUCCGUGAGAUCAUGUUCUUAUAUUGUUUCCAAGGUGUUCACAACUAAUCACAACCCUCCAUGUGAUAUGAAUUUGCAUAGUUUGCAUGCGAAAUAUCGGCUUUGUCCGAAAGCUUACGCCCCAUUCAGACCACCAGCGACUAGCAAUAGCAGAGCGACGCGAUCUCAUUUAUUUCAUUGCAAGCUUGGCGACUUCCGCCGACACAAGCGAAAGCGACACGAGAAAGUUAAAGGGGUGGUUCAAUGGUAUUUCAAGCGUUCUGACUUAUUAACACAGUUAUAGGGCCCUAUCUUGCACACGGCGCAAUUGACUUUGUCAGUGAUGCAUGCAUCAUUCGUAUUUUGCACCGGCGCACAGCGGGUUUUUCCCUCCACAGACACACGUCGGCAAACUAGGGAAUACACUUGCACUCCCUGGGCGGUUCAGCGCAAAAAAGAAGGCGUGUUCCGGCGCAAACCAUCCCUGAUGCUAUUUUGCAGUUUCAAAAAACAAUUGCGCCA